GAUACAUUGAGAUCAAGCCCGCCAGAGAACAAAGUCAUGAAGAAAGCAAGCCUUGCCGGAGUCUCAACUACAACUUUUUUCUACAUGUUAUGUGGCUGCAUUGGAUACGCCGCAUUUGGAAACAAAGCCCCUGGAGACUUCCUUACCGACUUUUUUUAUGAACCUUACUGGCUCAUCGAUUUUGCCAAUGCUUGCAUUGUCCUCCACCUAAUAGCAGCCUAUCAGGUGUUUGCACAACCAAUAUUCCAAUUUGUUGAGAACAAAUGCAACAAAGCAUGGCCAGAAAGCAAUUUCAUCACCAAAGAACAUUCGAUGAACAUACUAUUCCUCGGAAAAUGUCGCAUCAGCUUCUUCAGACUGGUGUGGAGGACAGCUUAUGUGAUUUUCACAACAGUUGUAGCAAUGAUAUUCCCCUUCUUUAACGCGAUCUUGGGUCUUAUCGGGGCAGCCGCAUUCUGGCCGCUAACAGUUUACUUCCCGGUGGAGAUGCACAUCUCGCAGAGAAAGAUUAAGAAGCAUUCUAUGAGAUGGAUAGGGUUGAAACUCCUUGUAUUGGUUUGUUUGAUUGUUACCCUCCUAGCCGCAAUAGGAUCCAUCGUCGGCUUGAUAAAAAGUGUCAAGGCAUACAAGCAUUUCCACAGUUAAGAUUAGUUACUUGUAACCUAAGCUAUCUGAAAUUUGUGGUGACUACUUCGUUCAAGACAAAACAGUUGGUAGUAACUACCGCUACAUAUUGUUGUGCAUGUCUGUCUUGUGUAUCUUAUAUAGUUAACGGCGUUGACUUGCACGCUUGCUUAUCCGGUUUAUAGAACAUUGGUAUUAUGGCCUUAUGGGAGCAGAUUUACUUUGAA